ACAGGAGGUGAGCGCCGGCUUCAGAGGAGGUGGGGGGGGGGCUUCCAGACUGGAUGGGCCCAGCGAUGCCUUGAUGGAGUAUGGGCCAGGUUUUAGGAUUCUCCCACUGCCAGGAAUAUGGCUCUGUGGCUUCCACUCCGGACUCAACACCUCCCUGCACCGAUGGCGGAAAUGAUGAGUCUGAGUUGUGCGAGCUGCAGACAGCCAGGGAGUGGUCUGACGAUGAGGAGGAGGAAGAUGAUGACGAGGGUCUGCUUUCAUCCUCGUCCAUCUGGGGCACGCCGCGGCAGAACUCCUCCGAGCUGACUUUCUCUUACAUCGCCAUCGCCGAGGCCGAAGCUGUGGGAGCCUCGCGACACUUCCGACGCCGGUGCGCCUCUCGGGGGAGUCGCACUCCUUUGAUCCGCACGGACACCCUGGAAACACUGUUGGACUCCCCAGAUGUGGACUGGGACACUCAAGGUUUCCUCGGGCGAGAGGAAGAAGAGGAGGCCUCAGAGAGGCGAGAGCAGGAGAGGGUGGAGCAGCACAUAUUAACUGAGACCAUUACAGUCCAGCCCAUUCCCCAAAGUCUGGAGUCAGAAACUCAGGGGAGAGACGCAGGAAUUCAAAGAGGAGAGUCUCCCAGCAGUCAGAUUCAGAUGGAACAGAGUCCCUCCCUCCUUCAGGCCGCAGCCGCAGCCUCACAGACCCCCGAGUCAGAGUCACCCGUCACCAGGGAAACCAUUUCAGUCAAGCUGCUCACAUCAAUGCAACCCAGAGGCCCGGCAUCUUCGACUCCAGCUGCCAUUGGUCAAAACUCUCAGGAACAGCUGGUCAGCGAUCACUGGUUUUCAGCUCUUAACCUAUCAGAAGACUUUACCUAUCAGAACACUAUCAUAGCAGUGAUGGACGUGAUCUACUGGAAGGACACGGAGCGGACAGGCAUGAUCCUGACAGGGAUAGUGGUCGGCCUGCUGUCCUUGUUCCAGCUCAGCGUCAUCUCUGUGCUCUCCACUGUCUCACUGGCUGUCAUGUGCUUCACCAUCUCAGUGCGCAUCUACUACCAAGUCCUCUACAUCCUCAACUGGGGAGAUGGAGCGCAUCCCUUCAAGUCAUAUUUGGGCAUGGACAUCAGCCUCAGUGGAGAGGAGGCCGACCUCUACAUGCAGAAAGCCAUCGUGUUGGCUAUGUCUGCUGUUGAAUCUCUGAAGGGACUCCUUUUUGUUAAAAAUCUCUUGGAGUCCAUCAAGUUGCUGGUUCUGGUGUACCUUGUGACAUACCUGGGAGAGCUGUCCAAUGGCCUUACUCUGCUCAUCAUCAGUGUAAUCGCUGUCUUUUCUUUGCCACUUUUCUACAGACAACGCCAGGACCAGGUGGACAACGUCGUUGCACAAAUCCAGGGCAAAAUGGACAACUUUAAGGACACUCUUUGUAGAAUUGCCCAUGGUGGUGGCCCUCCUCCUGACUCAACUCCUGGUGGCGCCAAACCCAAAUCCCAGUAAACACUGAUGGACAAGAACUUAAGGAAAAGCUCCCAGAGAUACAGGAUGUCACUCAGAUGUCUUACCCCGCAGUCUGUGCUCAGAGCUCCAGAGAUCGGAGCUCCAGAGACUGGGGAGGGGAGGCUACUUAAACGGACAAUGAUGAGGAUCACGCAUGGUACUUUAUACUCUAGCUGUAUCUAAUUUAUGGGGUUGGAGGUUGGGGUCGGGGUUUAAACGUAAUCAAGGUGUAUGAAUCUUGAAUGGGACUCUAGCUGGUGACGUCGGAGAUGAAAAGAUUCAAUGACACAGCUUGAUGAUCGUUGGAAAUAUUCACUGUUUUUAAUAUGUUAAAAAUGACUCAAGAAGUGUCUUAGAUGGCUGAGAGCUGUAAUCCAACUGAGGUACAAUGACCAGGAAUGGAAAGUUCCCACAUCAACAGCUACUCACCUAAAAAAAGAGAAGUUGGUUGAUAAGGUGAAAAACAGGGGUCAUCAUUAUUCAUGGCAGCGUAAAACUGGCAAUUAAAGAUGCAUGUGUCAGCACAUGAACUUUUUCUGAAUGCAGAAUCAUUUUCAUGACUGUGUGUGUGUGUGUGUGUGUGUGUGUGUGUGUGUGUGUGUGUGUGUGUGUGUGUGUGUGUGUGUGUGUGUGUGUGUGUGUGUGUGUGUUUGAUUCCUGACCUACAGCUUAGUGAAAUGAAAAUGCUACCUACACGCAAUUAAAGUCACACUUCUUCUUUA